UCUGUUAGUAGUUAACACGGCGACACUCCGCGGUUCGCGUUUGAUUCAUAAUUUUUGUUGUAAUCAUUUGAAGAAAACCUAUAAAAAAUGUCUACAAUGUCUCACGGAAAAAAGCGAGUUUGCUAUUAUUAUGACAGCGAUAUUGGAAAUUAUUAUUAUGGUCAAGGCCACCCUAUGAAACCACAUCGCAUAAGGAUGACACAUAAUUUACUACUGAACUAUGGUCUUUACAGAAAGAUGGAAAUUUAUAGACCACAUAAAGCUACUGCUGAUGAAAUGACAAAGUUCCAUAGCGAUGAGUAUAUUAGAUUUUUAAGAUCUAUCAGGCCAGACAAUAUGUCGGAAUAUAACAAACAAAUGCAGAGAUUUAACGUGGGUGAAGAUUGUCCAGUUUUCGAUGGUUUGUAUGAAUUCUGCCAAUUGUCAGCCGGUGGUUCUGUAGCAGCUGCAGUAAAACUUAAUAAACAAGCAUCAGAAAUUUGUAUUAAUUGGGGUGGUGGAUUACAUCAUGCUAAGAAGAGCGAAGCAUCAGGCUUCUGUUAUGUAAAUGACAUUGUACUCGGAAUUUUGGAAUUACUUAAAUAUCAUCAAAGAGUUUUAUACAUUGAUAUCGAUGUUCAUCACGGUGAUGGUGUUGAAGAAGCAUUUUACACAACGGAUAGAGUAAUGACUGUUUCUUUUCAUAAAUAUGGAGAGUAUUUUCCUGGUACGGGAGAUCUCAGAGACAUUGGUGCUGGCAAGGGUAAAUAUUAUGCAGUCAACAUACCUUUACGGGAUGGCAUGGAUGAUGAAAGUUAUGAGUCCAUUUUUGUACCCAUAAUUUCAAAAGUUAUGGAAACUUUCCAACCGUCAGCAGUUGUUUUACAAUGUGGAGCAGAUUCCUUAACAGGUGAUCGACUUGGCUGUUUUAAUUUAACAGUAAGAGGACAUGGUAAAUGUGUAGAAUUUGUUAAGAAAUAUAAUCUACCAUUCUUAAUGGUUGGAGGAGGUGGCUAUACAAUAAGGAAUGUAUCUAGAUGUUGGACGUAUGAAACAUCUGUUGCUCUAGGAACAGAAAUAGCUAAUGAACUUCCAUAUAAUGACUAUUUUGAAUAUUUUGGACCUGAUUUCAAGUUACAUAUAAGCCCAUCAAAUAUGGCUAAUCAAAACACACCUGAAUACCUUGAAAAGAUAAAAACAAGAUUAUUUGAAAACUUAAGAAUGUUGCCUCACGCGCCGGGUGUUCAAGUGCAAGCAAUUCCAGAGGAUGGUGCUGUUAUCGAAGAUUCCGAAGCAGAGGAGAAAAUAAAUCCCGAUGAAAGAUUAUCGCAAAGAGAUUUAGACAAAAGGAUACAACAUGAAAAUGAAUAUAGCGAUAGCGAAGACGAGGGUGAUGGUGGUAGAAGAGACAACAGGUCUUUCAAAUAUUAUCUUCUAAAGAAUUCCAGAAAACGACCAAGACUGGAAAAGGGUCAGGAAGGUAUAGAUAGUGAUAUAAAAAAGGAAGAGGAUAUCAAAUCUGAAGUUAAAGAGAAUGAUAAGGACGAAAAAAUGAAUGUUUCGAAUGAAGAGACGAAAAAAGAUGGUGGGGCGAAUCCCUGAUA